UAGUCAUGGAAGGGUUGGAAACUGAGGAGAGUGAUAAAAACAUCGACGUUGAUUCAGAUGUCGAUGCUGAUGAUAUUGAAGAUGCUGAUAUCAUGACUUUAGUUACGGAUAAAAUAGUUCCUAUAACAGCAGCGAUGGACGAGGUCAAAAGCGAGGUUCAACCCAUAACCAAACGUCCCCUUCUCAAGUUUUCCAUCAGCAACAUACUGAGGUUGCCAGACAGAGAACAUAUUAUACAACCAGCUAACAUAGCGGAACCGUGUUCGUCUCAUCUCUCUGCUUCGGAGCAGAAGUCUAGCGACCUACAUGUGUGUAACAGCAUCAAAAGCAAGCGAAACAGAACUACUUUUUCCACGAAGCAAUUGCAAGAGUUAGAAAAGGCUUUCCGAAAAACCCAUUAUCCAGACGUGUUCCUUCGAGAAAAAUUGGCGUCAAAAAUCAAGCUUCCGGAAUCCAGAAUCCAGGUAUGGUUUCAGAACAGACGAGCAAAAUGGCGAAAGAGAGAGAAAUUGACCGUGGGGGCUGGAUUUGUGACGUAUGGUUUACCAUUUUCUCUGUCUUGGGCAGCUCACCAUUCCUCUCUGAUGUCACACAAUGCCUUGAUGUCCUCUGUGAUGGAGAUGAACAACCAACGCCAGCAGCUGUCUCCAGAAGUGCUAAGAUACAGGACCACGGGUGAACAAUUACUGCCUUGGGAGACCAGACAGCCAAGCCUCGCCACGAAACGGAGAUGUCCAUAGCAGAAGGAAGACGUCAUCAACGAUAGUGUGUAUUAGUUUUUAAAAUGUCAGAACAUUAAAAUGAGGACAGAUAUCAAAUGUGAAUAUACUUUAAACAUCUUAUAUAUAUAGAUUUGAAAUGAAAGCGCUAAAGCUUUACUAAACGUCUUCGUGUUUCAUUUUUAUUUUUUACCUAUAUAUAUAUAAUGUGUAUACUUUAUAUUAAAAUAUUUCCUUACUUAGGGCACUCAUGUCUAUUUAAGAGUUCAUGACAAACUUUGUGCUUUAUAAAAUAUUUCAAAUCCAG